AUGGAUCCAUCCUAUUUCACGACGCCGCCAGGUCAGCGACUCCAAUCCCUCAGUUUGCCCUCGUCUAUCACCGCUGUCAACUCGGGCUCCAGCGCCGCGAGUUCCAGUUCCUCUUCACGCGCGAACGUCUUCACCCGCAUUGCUACGCGCGAGUCUUCUUUCUUGAGCAAAGCCUCCUCUCCCUCGUCCCUCAGGAGACCCGACGAAAGUCCGCGCGACUCGACCAUUCACAGCUCAAACUACGCUACUUGCCUACGCUGGCCGAAGAGGAGCCUCUGGCGCUGGCUCCUCGUGUUCCUCGCCAUUUUGCUGUGUGCCCAACUCUACCUCAGCAUCCGCGACUCCAGCGACGACGUCCUCUCUCAACUCUCAAAAGACUGGAGGUCGGGUGCUCACCUGGCUGGGACGGGCAAGAGGAGGACCAGACCGGGGAAAUGGCUGAAGGAGAACUCAUAUCCGAACGACCUGCGGACCAGGCGGCCCAAGGCGGCGCUGAUCAGUCUGGUGAGGAACGAGGAGCUCGACGGGAUUCUGCAGAGCAUGCGUCAGCUGGAGUUUCGAUGGAACAGGCGGUACCAGUAUCCCUGGGUGUUCUUUAAUGAGAAGCCGUUCUCGGACGAGUUUAAGGUCAGAACAUCUCUCCACAUCCUGCAUACCCGCUUUGAGCGUUUGAGGUGUUGGAUGAGACUGCGUUUUGUGCCGAUUGAGAUGGAAAAGAAGAUUUCUAGAAUCUCGAAGAGAGAGCUGAUCGCUUUGGGUGGUAUAACGUUGCUGACGGGCACACAGGCGGCGACCUCGAAUGCGACACCAGCGCGGACAGAGUAUCACCUCGUCCCUCACGCACACUGGGUCACACCCUCCCACAUCAACCAGACCCUCUACCACAACUCGCUCGACUACCUCUCUCUGACGUCGGUGGGCAAGGGCCACCUGCUCAGCUAUCACGCCAUGAUCCGCUGGCAAUCGGGCUUGUUCUACCUGCACCCGGCGCUGGCGGCGUACGAAUACUACUGGCGCGUGGAGCCGGACGUGCACUUCUUCUGCGAUGUGCCGUACGACCCGUUCCGGUUCAUGCAGGCGACGGGGAUGGUGUACGGGUUCAACAUGGCCAUCCUGGACGACGCGCGGAGCUUCGCCUCGCUGUGGUCCACGACCCGCGACUUCAUCACCGCCCACCCACAACUGGUGCACCCGGACGCCAGCCUCGACUGGCUCCUCGACCCGCAGACGGGCCUGACGUACAACAACUGCCAGUUCUUCUCAAACUUUGAGAUCGGCGCCCUCUCCUUCUUCCGCGACAACGAGGGUAACCGCAGGUACUUUGACUGGCUCGACGACAAGGGCGGCUUCUACUACAGCCGCUGGGGCGACGCGCCCGUCCACACGCUGAGCGUCUCCAUGUUCGCCCCGCCCGACCGGGUCUGGUGGUUCCGCGACAUCGGCUACCAGCACGACAUUGCGCGACACUGUCCGCCGCAGGGGCCGAGCAGGACCGCUUCCUCCACCACCCGUCCCAGAUCCAGACCCAGCCAGACGACCAGCAUCAGCACCACCUCCUCCGAUGGGGGAGAAGACGAAGACAAAUAUGAGACCCACCACAGAGGAGGAGGAGGAGGAGGAGGAGGAGGAGGCGAAUCUCGCUUCUGGCUCCCCGACGCAGAGUCCCGCCACUGCACGUGCGAACCCACCUUGCUGGACGAGAACUUUUACAAGCUCGUCCCCAUGGAGUCGCCGCAGCUGAAACCCGCCGACACGUGCAUCCGGCUGUGGCUGGGUGGGGAGUACCUCAGGAAGAAGGCCGGCUGGAGCCAGGACGCGGAGAGGGUGUUGGGCGGCGACGGGUACGGUGGAUACGUCGACAGUGGGUUGUGA